CACCGAAAUCUUCAAUCUAUAAAUAACCUGAUUUCCACUAAACCCUAAUUCCUACCCUAAACAGAGGAGCAAGCCGCUCGUUCAUUUCUCUUCUUCAUUCAUUCAACCUCGCUCUCUCUCUCUCUCAUCAAGCUACCAUGGCUCCCUCAAAGAAGACGAAGAAGACUCAUGAGAGCAUCAAUAACAGAUUGGCUCUUGUUAUGAAGAGUGGAAAGUACACUCUUGGUUACAAGACUGUUCUCAAAACCCUCAGAUCUUCUAAAGCUAAGUUGAUCAUUAUCUCAAACAAUUGCCCACCCUUGAGGAAGUCUGAGAUUGAGUACUAUGCUAUGUUGGCCAAGGUUGGAGUUCACCACUACAACGGAAACAAUGUUGAUCUUGGAACUGCCUGCGGGAAGUACUACAGGGUGUGUUGCCUCAGCAUUAUCGAAGCUGGUGACUCAGAUAUCAUCAAGAACAUGCCUGACCACUAAAUUUGCUGCCUUUAGGGUGAUUUAUUUUGAGAGCGCAAUUUUGAAUGUCACAGUUCAUAGGAACUUUUUUCUAUUUCAGUCUCUUGCACCUGUUUCUUUGUAGACAUAUUUUGUGUUUCAAUCACUUGAAUGAAGCUUUAUAUCUAUGGAUUCAUGUACUCGUAUCUUGCUAAAUCUUAGAAUGUGAUUGAAUGCCAGUUAUGUUGUGCUCCUUUGAUAA